AUGGCUGGCUUGAUCGAUGUGGGGAUUUUCGAUCAUAUCUUCGCUGGGGCGUUGGUUCUUCUAAACCUGGUCAUGCAGACGGCAUUCUCCGUGAUUCUGCUGACCCCUGCCUUCAUGGGCGAAGACUUUGGGACCAAGAUUGACAGCGCCAGGGAAUGGAGAACGAGUAUCGCACACGACUACAAAUACAUGGACCUGGCGGGAACAAGCUUGGUGACUCGAGUUUGCAAUGGAGAUGGGUCUGUCAUUCUCUCCACUGUGCAAGCCACCUUGGUUGAACACGUCAACAGUUUCCUGGGUAUGGAGAAGAAGCAGUUUGACCUGCCCGUCUUCCAGCCGGGGGUGUUGCUCUGCAUGCUUUGCAUCGUCUUGUGGACGCUGUGUGUCUACAAGGUGCUGGUUUGGGGUUUGGGACUUCAGAAAAUGUUUCUGGCUAGCCAGGAGGACCCCUGCCGGCCUUUCCUACCAGAUCCUGUAGCCGAGGUCUUGGGGGCGCUUCAGCAUGCCCUCUGGCUACUUCUCACCUACACCUGCCGCACGGUGAUAGCUACAGUCUUGCUGAUUGCGGGCAUCCUUUGGCUGGCACGAACGACAUCAAUAUCCGAGCUGAUGCUGAAUGCUGUGGCACUCAAUGCGAUCUUGGAUGUUGAUGAGUUCCUGUUUGUUGGCAUGACGCCUAUCAAGAUCCAGCAUGCAAUUCAAAGCCUCGAGCCCAUGCAGGUCAAGUACAGCCAGCGACGAAGUGAGCUCGAAUCCGUCGUGCACUUCAUCUCCCUGCUUGUGUUAGUUCUUCUGACUUAUACACUUCAGCUGGCCCCGCUAACUGAUGCCAUGCUCGACCUCAAGAAUGAGCUGUGCGGUGGUAACCAGAGUUUUGUGGUUGGCUUCAACCCAGACAGCCAGCUUGUUCAUGCACUUGUUACACCGGAUGUUGAUGAUAUCCUUAUCCGGAACCUGAGCCUCGGUGAGCUUGCUGUCAAUGCCCACAAGGCGACCUCUCCAGAGACGACGCCUAAAGGACAUCCAAAAUACCUGCUCUUCUCCUCAGAUAGGGCGGCCUUCAAUAAUGAUCAAACUCGAAGCAUGGAAUUGGAGGCCAGCAUGGUCCCUUUCUGCAUCGAGGAUCAGGUUCUAACACCUGGCGCCGUGUUUUUUGGUGAUCCGGCACUGUCCUUUUGGGUGGACGCGCUGCUACGAACUUCAGGAGCUAGUCUGGGACGUCUGGAUGUGACAAGUUGCCAGGAGAUGGCAGACCUGUGCGAUACAGUGGAUGGCCGCCUGUUGCGCAUGACUUGCGGUGAGACCUGCGGAUGCGCAGAUCCGCACAGAAGUGCUUGGUUCAAGGUAGCAAGGCACGGGUGUUCUCCAGCCUGCUUGGAGCUGGGCAGGGCGACCUUGCUACAGGGUCCUUGCGAAGACGCCGGCAACGACGAGAACUGGCGCAAGUUCUGGGAGAUCUAUCCAUCCGCAGUGUCGUACUUCUAUGGUGCCGAUGUAACACAGACUAUGAUCUGGCCUGUAGCCAAUCAAACCAUCGCGGCCAUGCUGGAAGAUGGCUGUGCAGCCCUGGCCAACUUUCCUCUGGACCCCGUGACCAACACCAAGUGGUGUGAUGGGAUGCCUGCCCUGUUUAGACCGCUCGCUGCAGUUUGCCCCCGAAGCUGUGGUUGUGAGCAAGCAACAGAGCUCCCCACCCACUGCCCCAUGAGCUGCACCGUGACCGGUAAUGCCUCUACCUGA